AUGGCGAAUGAUCCUCUGCGACUCGAUCACUUUCUUUUUCGUGUUUUCUAUGAGAAAGGGUACAGAAUCUGGUCAUCCUUACGACAGCAGGCCACUGAAGAUCCCAACAUUCCUUUAGACAACCUACAGGUCGAGCAUCUCUUCCCGCAUCACCCUUACUUCCCGGUUGGGAUUGAGCUAGAUAGCACUGGACUCCUGGCAGCCACGUCAACGUGGGUUCCUGGGAAAGGAUCCUGCGACUUACCGCCCUUCGAGCAGCCUUUUCGAAUUUUGCCGCGUGUUGCUAUGCCUACCAGAUUGCUUAUUUCGGCCAAAUUGCCUCUGCCACCAUCUGUCUGGUUCAAGGCAGAUGACAAUCAUCUCACAGUCCUCGUUCUCGCAUGGGCGUACGCUUUGUCAGCACGAUGGGCCGAUAUAUUCUCUCAAGCGUUGCCACUGGAGUACACUGACAGUCAGGCUGAGUGGUUAGCUACGCGUCCUUGCGACAACACAGAAGCAGUGGUAGAUAUUGGAAACGUCAGCGACGACGCUGCACGGUGGUGGGCAGCUGUGCUUUCGCCUGGCCAAGGUUGGAAGGCUUCUAUGGUGUGUGGACGCUACAAAUUCAUGUCUCCUUGGUCGUCGACACUGGACUCACUUCCCACUAUACGACUGUUCAGCGCCUCGAGGAGUAGAACGCCAGGCCACCAAUGUUGCUCGAGCUUUGAGUCGGCAGUUCAGCAUAUUUCUGAAUAUUGUACUCUCCAUUCCAUUCACGGUCAAAACCGUGCUGCUUUUGCGGCAGCGCUCAUGCUCCCGUUGGCCAACUACGACAGAGUGAGUGUCCUACUUCCGGUGCCACGAAUGUGCACUGCGCCUUCAAAAGUCAGGCCAACCUCAGAAUCGAUGAACGAACCAAUCUAUGGCCAAGAUAUCCGACAGUUCGAUAGGCUCCUUACCUUGUCAUGCAAUCCUCACGGAGUGAAGUGCAUUCUUGGCAGCAUCUUCUACGAACCUAGCAUACUUUGCAAUACAUGUGGUCCAUGGUUGCAAGGCACUGCCACUGUCUUCCAGCCAGGGUUGAUACAAGACCUAGAUAUUCUAGCUCGGAUGUUUUCCCUUCGAAGCCCUCAUCUGAGCUUUCUGUGGCUUGGUGCCAUCAUUGCGGGCUUGCACAGGGGUUUCUUGAAAGGCCCUGGAGGACUCCUGGGACUCAACAGGAUCGAUAUCCACGAAGCGGCUUGGACCCGAACCCUAAUAUCCUUCAUUCAGGAUCACGUCCCUCAACAGCCAGACAAUACCACUUCCAUCUCACGCAGGCAUGAGGGCACGUUAGCUUUUCUUACCCAGGGGACAGCAAGAUACAGGUUCCCACCCAUGUUCCCACAUGCGCCUCUUGGCUCAACAGCUGUUGAAGAUCUAGACCUCGAUGUUCGUCUUCAUAUAGCAUGCCAAGGUGGACACACACUCCAGUUCUCCAAGAUCAUAUGGACCUGUGCAGGAGGAAAGAAGGAAGUCCACGAAGCAGCCGCCAUGACCAAAGUCACUCGUCCUUUAUUGAAGUCAAGUCAAUCUGUAGCGGCUAGUCUAGUAGACUAUAGAGGGCUAGACCCAGACAGGGAUAUUUCAGAACAGGUGACGCGAAAUAUAUUUACUUGGAUGCGAGAGAUGGAUGGCUUUCCAAUCAGCGAACGAACGAUAUAUAAGCAUGAAUGGCUGGACGAUGGUGACUCUGACGGUGGCUCCGCAAUGGGUUGUGACUUGGGUGUUACGGUUGGCGGUUGGAUCUCUGGUGUUAUGACCGCUCGUUGCAACUCUUUGUAG